UUAUGUCAGUGUAGGUGUUUGGUGGCGCUUCGAAGGCAUUUUUGUGUGAACGUUUUAAAAAUCAAAAAAUCCAAAACUCCAAGCUUCUGAACAAAGACCGAAAAAUAAAAUGUCGGAAUCUGAUGAAAUUUUGACAAGUGAUGAAGAGUCAAGCACUGAGAGGGAAUUCGUAACCAGUGAUGAUGAUAGUGAUGUUGGUGGCAACGCGGUUCCCAGCAGAGACAUGACUGUGGAAGAUUCUGACAUAAGUUCCGAUCAGGAUGAAAGUGUGGUGAUACAGCGUAAGAAAUCUUCCACAAGAAGGAAACGCGUGGUGAUUGAAUCCGAUUCAGAAUUGGAGGAAGAGGAAGAAGAACUGGAACGCCGAGCUCUUUCGCCACGCACUAGAAUGAGCAUUACUGGCAUUAGGCCGGAUGAUCUUUCGAAUGACUCCAGCGAAAUAGAAUAUUCGGAUGCCGAAGAUGACGCUGAACAGAAGAAGGGGCUGAGUAAUAUCUCCGAAGUGUACACAGAUCAAGAUGAUGACCAUGAGGAGGCUUCCGAAUCACGUGCUUCUUUGUUGCAGCAAUCAGCUCAGGAAAGUAAUGAAGCGGAAAACUCCUCAAAGGAGGAACAGCAAGAAACCUCCAAUCGAACGAAUAUAACUCGUGAUCAUUCUUCUAGUACAGACAACAAUUCGGAAAUUGCCGAGUCUUCAAGUGAUACUUAUGACAGUCCAUUGUCCAAGCCGGCGACUAGCCCCAAGGUAGAGGCUGCCAACUCACCUGCACUACCGGCCCGCUAUAGCGUUCACUUUGAGAAAGGAAUUGACGAUAAGCUCUCUUCCACACUAUACCAGCCAAGAGAGGUUAUCACCGAAGUUAAUUCUUCAGUGGACAGUGACAUACAGAUAAUCGAUAAACCCAUAAAGCCCAUAGAGCUUUCAUCCGAUGAGGAUGAUAUUGCAAGUGAGAAUAAGGAAAAUAUAACAUCGCCCAAUACGUCGCAAGCAGCUGCCAAAACUUCAAACCGAUCUAUGGGAAAUCUGGUGCAGCCCAAAAUCUCUGCGGCUCUCAACACUAAAACUGCCAACUCAUUAAAAACUCCAAUAAACAAAGCAAACAUCCGUCGGGUAUCACAGGAAUAUUUCGAUAAAGAAAUGAGAAAAUUUGAAGAAAUGCGAUCCGAGUUGGAAAACGCCGAACACCUUUUGGAAAAGAUAUCGAAAUCCCUGCCCGAUGGAGGACGUCAAUUGUCGUUGCGCAUAGAACGCCUGCGCCAAGAUGUGGCAAUUAAAUCAAAGUUCAUUGCCCAUUUGGACAUUGAAGAUAGGGCCGGUGCUAGUGGUCCAAUGUAUCCGCCAGAUGAUAAGGAUUCACCCUCACAGAAGCUGCAGGAUAUACAAAAGCAACGAAAGGCUUUCUUUACAAAUGCCAAUGCUCCGAAUUGGGAUGACUUAUCGGCGGCAGUGAACCAAAUACAGCCGACCCAUACAGGAAAGCAGGGUAUGGCCACUUUCAAUAAUCAAAAGGUUUUGACAGUAGAGCGUCUGAAGGAUCUUCAUGGCUCCCUGGAGAGUUGUCCUGCGGAAGAAGUUUUGGCUGAGGAUCCCAAAGGAUUGAAAGUAAAGCUCAUGGAUCAUCAAAAACACGCCUUGGCCUGGAUGUUUUGGCGGGAGAGGCAAAAGCCUAGGGGAGGCAUAUUGGCCGAUGACAUGGGCUUGGGAAAAACACUUACCAUGAUUUCCUUGGUAUUGGCCUGCAAAAACAAAGCCGAAGAAGACAAUGACGAUGAUGAUGACAAAGGUGAAAGCGAAUCCGAUGAUGAAGAUGAGAGAGAACAACAAACAAAAUGGUCUUCCAAAGGAAGAAGAGAUUAUUAUCCUGGUGGCACCUUGGUGGUAUGCCCUGCCAGUUUAAUGCGCCAAUGGGAGGAGGAAGCUAAAACCAAAGUUUCUCGUCAUCGCCUCACUGUUUGUGUACAUCAUGGCAAUAAUCGCGACUCAAAACCCAAACAUUUGCGCACCUACGAUCUGGUUGUGACCACAUAUAACAUUGUAGCCCGUGAACACAAGGUGCAAGGUGCCCUAUUUGGCAUUAAAUGGAAACGCAUCAUACUGGAUGAGGCCCAUGUAGUGCGCAACCAUAAGGCCCAAUCAUCGCUGGCCGUUUGUGAAUUAAAGGGCAGGAAUAGAUGGACCCUCACCGGCACCCCCAUACAAAACAAGGAAAUGGAUGUGUAUGCUUUGCUGAAAUUUCUACGUUGUUCCCCAUUCGAUGAUUUUGCCCAUUGGAAGAAAUGGAUUGAUAAGAGUGCCGGUGGCCAGCAACGUCUUAACACCAUCAUGAAAUCGUUGAUGCUAAGGCGCACCAAAGCUCAGCUACAAGAUCGCGGUGAAUUGCAAUGUUUGCCCAACAAAUCGAUCGAAUUGAUUGAGGUGGAGCUGGACAAAGAGGAAAUGAAUGUCUAUCAAAAGAUUAUGAUAUUUUCGCGAACGCUUUUUGCCCAAUUUCUGUUUCAACGUGCAGAACGUAACACGGAUAUGAUGUAUCGGGAACAAAGUUCACGGCCAACAUUUAUGCAAAGCAAAGAUCCCAAUGGGGCCUAUUACAAAAUGCAUCAGAAAUUCACGAAGCUCCAUAAGGGUACAAAGGAGAUUAAAUCUCAUGAAAUUUUGGUGCUUCUUCUGAGAUUACGGCAGAUUUGUUGUCAUCCAGGUUUAAUUGAUUCGAUGUUGGAAGACGUCGACCAGCAAAUAGAUUCGGCCAGUGAUGUUUCACAACCCGAAAUUGAUUUGCUGGAACAACUAAAUAAAUUGGCCAUCAAUGAUAAAGACGACAGCAAUGCCAUGAUGAGCCACAGCUUGAAUAGUGAUGAGGCGGAAACUUCAAUGCGCCCUGAAGAUCAGGUAAUGGCGAAAGCAUCGGCUCGUGUCCUGCAACGCACCAAUCCCGUAUUCAAUUUGGAUCAGCCCUCCACAAAAAUGUUGAAAGUUCUACAAAUACUCAAGGAGCGUGUCAUUUCCUCGAGCGAUAAAGCCAUUGUUGUCUCGCAAUGGACAAGUGUUUUGAAUAUUUUGAAGACACACAUUGAACGAGAGAAUGUGGCCACACUAUCUCUAAAUGGUUCGAUACCGGUGAAAAAUCGCCAAGAAAUAGUAACCGAAUUCAAUAACGCCAAUAGCAGAAAACGUAUUUUACUCUUGUCCCUUACCGCCGGUGGUGUUGGUUUGAAUUUAGUGGGUGCCAAUCAUUUGCUGCUCAUCGAUUUGCACUGGAAUCCUCAGUUGGAGGCACAGGCCCAGGAUCGUAUUUAUCGUGUGGGCCAAAAGAAGGAUGUUAUCAUCUACAAAUUCAUGUGCAAAGACACUGUGGAAGAGCGCAUAAAGGCAUUGCAAGAUCACAAAUUGUCACUGGCCAAUGGAAUUCUGACCGGAGCUGGUGCCAGUGAGGGCAGCAAACUUACAAUGGAUGAUCUGCGUGGCCUUUUUGGCAUGUAGGCUAUAUUUCUAUGUUUGCAUUUAUUCUAUUGCGUAUAGUUGGCAUUCCAUUUAUUUAUGCAUGUUAUAUUUUUUUAAUGUGAAUUUGAAUAUGUUUUGUUUCUGUUUUCUGUGUAGAUAGCAAUCAUUUUUUUCAUACAUAAAAUAC